UAAGUUGCUACACGCGUGAUAUCGAAAGGGAGCACAGCAAUAUCAACAUUCAAAGGUGAAGCAGCCUUCUCCAUACGAUAAGCAAAGUAGAGAAGAUGGGUGUUGUUUCUCAUUACGCAAUUCCUUCAUGCUUUAUCCCAUCGCUGUCAUGUGCAGCUUCAACUCUCAUUCGUUCUCGCCGCCUCAGACCAUCCUUCCGAUGCUGUACCACUCUUUCUUCAACCUCUCCACAGACUCCUACUCCGUCCCCAACCUCUAUCAAAAAACGAGUUGCCUCAGGAGUUCAACCUACUGGUUCAAUUCACCUUGGAAACUACUUUGGCGCCAUCAAGAAUUGGGUUGCCCUUCAGAAUGAGUAUGAUACACUUUACUUCAUUGUGGAUCUACAUGCGAUUACAUUACCUCAUGAUGCACAACAGUUAUCUAGGGAUACAAAGUCAACUGCAGCCAUUUACCUUGCAUGUGGGAUAGAUCCUUCAAAGGCUUCAGUUUUUGUCCAGUCCCAUGUCCGUGCACAUGUAGAAUUGAUGUGGCUGCUAAGUUCCACAACACCAAUUGGCUGGCUGAACAAAAUGAUACAGUUUAAAGAGAAAUCUCGCAAGGCGGGAGAUGAUGAAGUUGGGGUUGCUCUUUUGACUUAUCCGGUUCUGAUGGCUUCUGAUAUUCUUCUAUAUCAGACUGAUUUUGUCCCUGUUGGUGAAGAUCAAAAGCAGCAUUUGGAGUUGACCCGUGACUUAGCUGCACGGGUUAAUAAUUUAUAUGGAGGAAGAAAGUGGAAGAAAUUAGGCGGGCGAGGUGGUUCUAUAUUUAAGGUUCCAGAGCCCCUUAUACCUCCAACCGGAGCUCGAAUUAUGUCCCUAACUGAUGGCACUUCGAAGAUGUCAAAGUCUGCACCUUCUGAUCAAUCCAGAAUCAAUAUUCUUGAUCCUAAAGAUCUUAUAGUAAACAAGAUCAAACGUUGCAAAACUGAUUCAUUUCCAUGCUUGGAAUUCGACAAUCCUGAGAGGCCUGAAUGUAAUAAUCUUCUUUCCAUAUACGAGCUUGCUUCUGGAAAGACAAAAGAGGAAGUUGUGAAGGAAUGCGAAAACAUGAAUUGGGGCACAUUCAAACCUCUUUUAACAGAUGCCUUGAUUGACCAUUUGCAUCCCAUUCAGGUUCGCUAUGAGGAACUCAUGUCAGAUUCAGGUUAUUUAGACAAAGUAUUAGAAGAUGGUGCUAGAAAAGCAGCAGAUAUAGCGGAUGCUACAGUUCAUAACGUAUAUCAAGCAAUGGGAUUUUCGAGGAGACAGUGAUGGAUGACGCUAAACAAAAUUAAACUAUAAGAUUGGUGAGAGAGCUACUUAAUUUAAAACUAACUUUUGGAGUAAUCUUUAUUGCGGGCAUAUAUAGUUAACUGCUGGAAGUGGAAAGAUUAUUUGAUGCAAAGCUAAAGAUUCCGUGUGUUCUUGAUGCAAUGAGCCCAAUCUCAUUCUUUUUUUCUCAAUGGCUAUGCUUUAUCUUUUUUCUUCAUUUUUUUUAAUCUCCUCCAUUAUUUAUUUGUACUGUAAUAUUUGAAACUAAAUUGAUAAAUGAUUUUGCCAUUGUAUUUGAUGGAGACGCAGCCUAGUCAUCUUAGCCCUGUCUCCACUUGGCCUAGACACACAGCCAACAUAUUUGUAUACUCAGCUAUUGGAUCUUCAGUCAUUCAAUAUCUUAUCACA